AUGCAUCUGGUGUUGUGUGUCGUACUCGUGCUGUUCGGGUGUCCUCUUGGGAAGAUGUUUGUUCUCCAUCCUUCACCUGAGGCAUCUGCUGUGAAAGCCAACAGAGAACUGGAAAUCAGGAAAAUCCUUCUGGAAUCUCUAAACCUCCAGCGGGAGCCUCGUGUGUCCGUGUCGAAGAUGAAUCAUCUGCGUGACCAGUGGAAAGCCACUUUGGAAAGCACCACGCCAUCCUCACCAGGUAACUCAACGUUUCCUGAGGACUCCGGAAACUCAACGUGCUGCAAACAUUCCUCACAGGUUUUCAUUAAAGAUCUGGGCUGGGACCGCUGGGUGGUUUAUCCAGAGAGCAUCACUUUCGUCCAGUGCCGAUCCUGCGGCGUGAAACCUGCGUCUGCGCAGUGCUGUAAGCCGACCGCUCACGAAAUCCUCCCGUUUCUCUACGUGGAUGAAUGGAGCAGUUUGGUUCUGUCCUCAGUGAGUCUGAUCCGUGAGUGUGGCUGCAAAAACACAGGAUCCUGA